AUGGGUCAAGGGCAAUCUACGAACAAUGCCGCCGCCCAAGAAGACGUCCCAGCAAAAUCAGACUACUAUGACCUUCUUGGUGUCGAUCGAACUGCCAGCGAUGACGAAAUCAAAAAGGCCUACCGUCGCAAAGCACUCGAGUUACAUCCCGAUCGCAACUAUGGCAAUGUGGAACAUGCCACCAGGCUCUUCGCCGAAAUCCAGUCUGCCUACGAAGUCCUUUCCGACCCCCAAGAACGAGCCUGGUAUGACUCGCACCGAGAUGUUCUCCUCCGAGGGGACCAGGCCGCCGGGCCCGGCACCGACGAGUUUUCCUACAAUAUUCGCAUGACUACGACGGAAGAUGUGUUGAAGUUGAUGAUGAAGUUCAAUGGCCGGCUGGAAUACAGCAACGCCCCUAGUGGGUUCUUUGGCGGAUUGAACGACUUCUUCAAACAGCUCGCCCAAGAGGAAGACAUUGCGUGCCAAUGGGAAGCGCAAGAGCCGAUGGACUACCCUGAAUUUGGCCUGGACAACGAUGAUUACGAGGAUGUGGUACGGCCGUUCUACGCAGCCUGGAGUGGGUUUGCGACCAAGAAGAGCUAUGCAUGGAAGGAUCAAUACAGGCUGUCCGACGCCCCGGAUAGACGGAUCCGGCGAUUGAUGGAGAAAGAAAACAAGAAGCUGCGGGAGGACGCAAUUCAGGAGUUCAACGAAGCGGUCCGUUCGCUAGUUGCUUUCGUGCGAAAGCGGGACCCUCGAGUCCAGAACAACCAAAAGUCCGAGGCUGAGCGGCAGAGAGCGCUUCGUGAAGCAACGGCGGCACAAGCAGCCCGUUCGAGAGCAGCACGACAGGCGAAACUGCAGGAAUAUGAUACAGAGGCGAUUCCUGAGUGGGCUAAAUCGAGGGAUAGAGACGAGCAUGAAGGGGGGUUCACCAGCGAGUCCGAGGUGGAAGAACAUGAAUACGAUUGUGUGGUAUGCGAUAAAACGUUCAAAAGCGAGGCGCAGUUCAAAGCCCAUGAAAAAGGCAAGAAGCAUCUUAAGUUACUGAAGCAGUUACAGAAAGAAAUGCGCCAUGAAGGUGCAGAGCUCAAUCUGGACAGUCGAGAUGCAGAACCCGAUCCUCAAGACGCCUUGGUAGAGGAGCAGGAAGCGGACGAGACCCAGAAUGGGAAUCGAGCGGACGAUGCUCAUGAAGUGGAGGAUCUCUCCGAUCAUGGGUCUGACUACGCUGAGCAGCACCCACCGACAAAUGGUACGAUCAAUGCGAGGGGUAGCGGGGAAGUGUCUGAGGAUAUAUCGGACGAUGACUACGCUCCGCGCUCCGAUAUUGAACAGCGGCUGGUCGGAGAGACAGCAGAGCUUGAACAAGUCACUGCCGGAUUGGAAGACACCAGUUUAGCAGAUACCCCCGCCACAUCCGAUCCAGAAGAGGCAUCGAAGCCUAAAGUCGGCAAAGCGAAGCUCAAAAGGGCCAAGAAGGCGGCGCAAAAAGCCACGGGACAGUCUGAUCGUCCCAUCGCCGAGUUCACCUGCGCCGUGUGCAAAGCCGAGUUUCCCUCCAAGACAAAGCUAUUCAACCAUAUCAAGGAGAAAGAUCAUGCUGCCCCUGUAGCGCAAAUCAAAGGGGCCAAAGCAGGGAAGGGCAAGAAAAGGAGAUGA